GCUCUCACAGAGCUUCAAGCUGUAUCUACCCGCGGUCGUUGCACCCGAAAGUCGGGAACAACUGCGAGAAUGCGAGUGCCUGCAGGCGUGCACCAAGUGCGAUAGAAAUUACAGACCUCUGUUUACCACGCUUCCAAGUGGCACGGGCACAGUCAAUUAUUUAAUCGAUUUCUGGGUCAGCAGAGGUAGUUGUUAUCAACUACAGCUGCUCCCUCGCGUGGUUGCUGCAUCGCACGUUGCUCAAAACGGGCCGAUAGCUGUGUGAUCAUUAGCUUUGGAGACUCGCAACUGCUUUGUUUUCGAAAAGCACAAGUCCCGAUUAACCGACGAAUAAGCUGAUGAAUAUGUCGUGAAGUGAACUGGUGCUUCUUAGAUAUAUGUACAUAAGUAUAUUAAUAUUACCCGGCGAACAAUUGUUGAUCAUGUAUCACCAGCCGAAACAAAGUUCAACAUUCGCCGCUUCAAUGCAUUAACAUGCGCCAUUACUCACACAGAAACGGUCAGAGACGAAAAGACAAAGACUCUUCCCGCAGGUCGCCUAACGAAUACCCUAGACGAGCCGAAGGAAACACCUUGCUCAUUAUUAAGGCAGCAUUUGCAAGGCAACGAGCACGCACACCUAGCCUAGUUAAGCGGUAUCAAAAGUGGGGGCAAUGGUCACCACUUUCCCGUUUUAAUUUGUAUUCAGAAGGUGCCGGUAAAUGCUUUCCUCAGAAAAAGCGAAAAAGCGUUUCGGUCGCACUUGAUGUGCGCAAUCAGUAAAUUUCGGGGAAACAUAAAGCGUGGAAAGAGUAGCGCCCAGAUCGCGCAUCCGCACUGUCCGCCCGCUUAUCAGCUAGCGCUCUAGCGUCUCGAAUAUAGCGUCGAGUAAAACUUCCGCUAUGGAUUCGCUCACUCCCUGAUAGCACUUGAAAUUCCCCGAAAGUUCUGUGGUGCAGUGGCACAUAAACUGCACAGUGGCUACUGCAAAACUGCCGCCCAGUGUAUGUCAGUCGGCUGGCAGGGCCGAUUAAAGCCGCUCGACAACACUCCGUGACACUUGCUCUUCCCCCACACCCAGAUUCGAUCAGCAAACAGCCGGACUGCCAGAUCUCCAGACCCCCAGACGUUCAAUCAGGCGGCCAGUCAUUCGGUCAGAACUCGAGCAGGCUGUCAGUCGUGUACGAACUGUGUACUGCUUUCCAUCAAUUGAAAAUCUUAUUUUUUUUCGGGCUGUGCUCAGAGGCAGCGAUCGCGCAUUCCCGCCCUUUGUGGGGAAUGUAUUUGCGCGGAAUGUUUUUCGGUUAGUGCGAAAUUCGCUUCCAGAACAAAAGGGAGCUCUCUGAUACGCCGUUUCAGACCCGAAGUGAAAUUUUUAAGUCUGUUAUCAAGAGUUCCCAAAUCGUCCACUUGAGGAGCAAUGACAUCGGAUCAAAACAUCGGGGAACUCUAGGAAUUUCAAGAUGCAGACUGCCAGCAGCUUAAAAGGCAGCACGAACUCUCAACACAGCUCGCUCCAAUAUAGCAGCGACAUUAAUGCCGUCAGCCUCGAGCUGCCCGAUCAUUCAGAAGACUUUCGAUCAGCCAACGGGCUAAAGUACUUGCCAUCCUGGCCAGCGGUGAACCUACAGUUCGCGGAACUGAGCUAUGAGGUUCCCGACCGGACCAAUGUCUCGAAGACGAAGGCGAUUUUGCGGGGAGUCAACGGAGAGUUCCAUUCUCACGAACUCACCGCGAUUAUGGGACCUUCAGGAGCGGGAAAAACCACUCUUCUGAACUUGUUGGCGGGAUUUGGCGCUGUCAGUAGUGCGGGCGAGAUACUGGUCAACAACAGUCCGCGGGAUAUGCGAGUCUUCCGCAAAAUGUCCCGAUACAUUAUGCAGACAGACGUUUUGGAUCCGCAGUUUUCGGUGCACGAAAUGAUGCUGUUGGCAUCGAACCUCAAGUUGGGAAACGAACUCAAUCUAAAGCAAAAGCUUGAAGUGAUUGACGAAAUUUUGACAAUGCUUCGGCUGAAGGGUUCCCAGCACACGAUGACUCCAAAACUGUCGGGCGGUGAGCGAAAGCGUUUGUGCAUAGCGCUCGAGCUGGUCAACAACCCGCCUGUCAUCUUUCUGGACGAGCCUACGACCGGCCUGGAUGACUUGUCGAGCUCUCAGUGCAUCGCCCUGCUGAAGAUGCUGGCCGCCGGCGGACGCACUGUAAUCUGCUCAAUCCACACACCGUCCGCCAAGAUCUUCGAGAUGCUCGACGCAGUCUACGUUCUGGCCGAGGGUCAGUGCAUCUACCAGGGGAGCGGGGCAAACAUUGUGCCGUACAUGCAGCACCUUGGCCUGCACUGUCCAAUAACGCACAACCCGGCGGACUUCAUUAUCGAGGUGGCGUGCCUUGAGUACGGCGAGUCCUACCACGAGCCAAUGGUGGAGGCGGUCGGCAACGGCAAGGUGGCCCGCUGGAGUCCUCCGUCAGACGACGGCCAAGCGACACCCACGAAAACGGACACCACGUCGGGCGCAUCGUCGUUCUACGAAGUGGAGCAUUUUGAAGAGGAGAUCAGCCCGAAGCUCUUGCGAGCGAAGUGCAGCUGGUGGAUGCAGUACAAGUUGCUCCUGGUGCGGAUGCUCAUCCAAAUGUGGAGGGACAGAUCGUACAUCAAGCUGAAGUUCUGCAUGAACAUUGUGCUGGCUUUGCUGGUGGGGUCGCUCUACUUCGGAAUGGGCACCUCGGCCUCUAAAGCGCUCUUCAACUUUGGUUUUAUGUUCACUAUUGUGAUAGCAUACCUGUACCUGCCUAUGAUGCCAGUGCUCCUAUACUUUCCCACGGAAAUCAAUCUCUUGAAGAGGGAGUACAACAACCAAUGGUACCGGCUGAGCUCAUACUACGCCGCAAUGGUUUGCUCCAAGCUACCGUCCAUGUUCAUCCUGGCCGUCAUAUAUCUGUCCAUUGUGUACUUAAUGUCCAGCCAACCACUCGAGUGGUUCCGCUUCGCCAUGCUGUUUACGAUAGCCUUUGUCACGGCCCUCACUUCCGACAGUUUUGGCUUGCUCAUCUCCAGCAGGCUUAGCUUGGUGAACGCGAUGUUCAUGGGGCCGGUGCUCGCCGUGCCGCUGAUCCUGCUGUCCAUAUACGGCAUAGGGUACGGCCGAGGAACCUACAUAUCCCCCCUGAUGCGCUUUCUGAUGCACCUCAGCUACCUUCGCCAUGGAAUGGAGGGACUCGUCGCCUCGCUGUACGACUACGGACGCGCCGACACGAUUUGCGAGGAUACGGAGAUCUUUUGCACCUUCAAGAAAUCGAAGGUCCUGCUGGCCUUUCUGGGUUUCGAGAAUAUGCACUAUUUGUGGUCUCUGUCCUGCUUGAUUGGCUUCUACCUGCUCUUCACAGUCGCAGCGUACAUUAUGAUAAGACAGCGACUGAAAAAAUCGGCGUUCAACCCGAUUGUCGCCUACGUCCUUCAGCUGUUAACUAAAUAUUUCAACUUCACAUCAUACAAUUACUAAGUAGUGGGCCUGUUGGUGCCGGUUCCGUGAAAAAAUUGUAGUGGGAUUUAGGUGAUUGUUCUAAAACUUCAAAUAAGCCAUAUAUUAUAUUUGUAGGUCGUACAACACGUCAGAAGUAAGAUUACUAUUGAUACGGGGAAUUGUGUGAUAUCCUAAUAAGCCUAAGGAAAUAAAAUGAAAUAAUUUUCUAAAUUUCUGCACGUGAA